AUAAAACACGAGGGAAAGGUUUAGCGGUUCUUCCCGUGCGCGACAGAAGAGACCCGGCUUCAAAAUUUUCCUUCCUUGUUCUUGUUUUGAUGCUAAUUUAACCUCGCCAUUAUUAUGCGUCCGACGUUUUUGGUUCAAUCAUAGAAUGUGAAGCAAUUCAAUCAUCCAACGAGUGUGAGCUAGAAGUAGGAACAAAUCGUGCUAGAGAUGAAGGAGGAGAAAAAUGCGUGCGAAUCUCUUCCUGGUUCUCGAUGCACGCGAUCUCGGGCAGCUCCGGAUUGGACCUUAACGGAAUCACUCAUACUCGUCAAUGAGAUUGCUGCUGUUGAAGCGGAUUGCUUGAGAGCCUUGUCCUCUUAUCAGCAGUGGAAAAUGAUAGCUGAAAACUGCGCCGUUUUGGACGUUGGGCGGGGCUUGAAUCAGUGCCGGACGAAGUGGAAUUCCUUGCUAGCUGAAUACAGCAAGAUUAAGGCCUGGCAGUCAAAGUCGCCUCGCAAGUCGUACUGGUCCUUGGAAAGCGAAAGGGCAAAGAAAUCUGGUUUGCCUGAGAAUUUUGACCAUGAAUUGUUUAAGGCAAUUGAUGAUCUUGUCAAAGCAAGAAAUGAACGUUGGGGGACUGACCCUGAGAGCGAUUUCGAAGCAGAGGCUGAGGAGCUUGAUGAUGAUGUGAUCGAGGAAACAGGGCCCAAAAGAAAAGGGCGGUGGUUUAAAUCCAAGAGGCAUGCGCAAAAGCUUAAGAAUUGCCUUUUAGAGGAGUCUUUAGAACUCUCAAAAGGAAGGCAUCAAAGAGACUAUGUUAAAGAACGGCCUGAGAAAAGCCAAGAGCCUGAAAAAAAUCAUGUAGAAGAAGAUCAUUUGAAAGACUUGGCACGAGAGAGAGCUAAUUCGAAACAUGCACAAGAAAAACCUUCAAAGGUUGACAUGGAAAUGUCAGUGAAGAGCCUUGCCAAAGGAAAGCUGCAAGAAGCCCAAGUUAAGGAAAGGCCAAGCAAGACAAUAGGCAAGGAAGAAAACGAUGAGAUGUUGGCUUUGAAAUUGCAAGAGUUGGCGGAACAGGUACUGGCCACUAGUACUGAAACAGCAGACUGUCGGACAGAUUGCUCACAGAAUGUUGAGGCCUAUCGAACUGAAUUUACGAGACGUCAGGGAGACAAGCUCAUAGCAAGCCUUGGAGAUCUCGCACACACCCUUAAGCAACUAUGCAAUCUUCUCCAUGAAUGUAAAUAAACAUCACAAUUUGCUCGUUUAAUUGUCCUAUGUUAUUGCUAUGUUUGUGAAUGGACGUUCUUCUAUGGGCUACGGCAGCAUGGUUUUAGUCUGAUGAAUCGAUUUAGUGCGUUGAAAGAUUCCUAACAUGGCAGUGAUGUAUUGAAAGAUUUUCAUAAAA